CGUACCGCCAUCAAAACUCUUUCCAUUCACCCCAUUCAGUAAAACAUUGCGGCUUGGUAUGGUAGCAGUCCCAGAAACAAGUCUACUCUGGCUCAAAACCAUGCGCUUCAGACAAUUAUGCAGCACCUCAUCGAACUUGAUGCAAAGUGAUCCUGUAAGCAAUUUUAAAGUGACAAAGCCUCCUAUCACAAGGCCAAAAAUAUCCGAGGCUGCCAAACGGAGACCAGUGACAAGUUUUAUUGCCGAUUCAGACACAGUGAAAUGGAAUAUGCAAAUAACCAAAUUCAUGCGGAAUGGAGAGUUCGAAUCUGCAUUGCGCUUAUUCAAUUCCAUGUCUAUGAAAAACAGUGUCUCUUGGAACUCAAUGAUCUCUGGGUACUUGUCCAAUAAUAGGUUCGACUUCGCACUGCAUCUUUUUAAUCAAAUGCCACAUAGGGAUUUGGUGUCCUGGAACGUGAUGUUAAGCGGGUAUGUGAGGAAUAAGAAUCUUGGAGCUGCUAGGUUGUUGUUUGAUCAAAUGCCUCACAAAGAUGUGGUCUCAUGGAACACUAUGCUGUCUGGGUACGCUCAAAGCGGGCAUAUUGAUGCAGCAAGGUUGAUUUUUGAUAUGAUGCCAGUGAAGAAUGAGAUUUCAUGGAAUGCACUGCUGUCAAUGUACGUGUGCAAUGGGAUGAUUGAUGCCGCCAGGAGAUUGUUCGAGUCGAAGGAAAUCUGGGAGGUUGUUGCUUGGAAUUGUUUGAUGGGUGGGUAUUUGAAGAAGAGGAUGUUGGCUGAAGCCAGAGUGAUUUUUGAUAGAAUGCCUUUGAGGGACAAGGUUUCAUGGAACAUAAUGAUAUCCUGUUGUGCUCAGAAUGGUGAAUUGGAGGAAGCAAGGAAGUUGUUCCAUGAUUCUCCUAUUAGAGACGUGUUUGCUUGGACUUCAAUGGUUUCAGGGCAUGUGCAAAAUGGUAAAGUAGAGGAAGCUAGGAUAUUUUUUGAUGAUAUGGAAGUGAAGAAUGAGGUCUCAUGGAAUGCAAUGAUUGCUGGGUAUGUUCAGUGCAAAAGGAUUGAUUUGGCAAGGGAGUUGUUUGAGGCAAUGCCCUGUAAAAAUACUAGUUCGUGGAACACAAUGAUAACAGGCUAUGCUCAAAAUAGUGAUAUUGUUAGUGCAAGGAGUUUGUUUGAAUGUAUGCCUGAACAUGACUGCAUCUCUUGGGCUGCAAUUAUUGCGGGGUAUGUUCAAUGUGGUAAUAGUGAGGAGGCACUGCGCAUGUUUGUUGAAAUGACAAGAGAUGGGGAGAGGAUAAACAGGUCAUCUUUUACAUGUGUCAUAAGUACUUGUGCUGAUAUUGCAGUUUUUGAGUUAGGAAAGCAAGUACAUGGACGAAUUGUAAAGGCAGGAUAUGAAUCAGGCUGCUAUGUGGGGAACGCUCUCCUAGCAAUGUAUUGCAAGUGUGGAAGCAUAUCUGAGGCACUGGGUGUGUUCAAGGGAAUAGUAGAGAAGGAUGUCGUCUCUUGGAAUACAUUGAUUGCUGGUUACGCAAGGCAUGGAUUUGGCAAAGAGGCUCUAGAAUUUUUUGAAGUGAUGAAAGGAAAUGGUUUUAAACCUGAUGAUGUUACUAUGGUUGGGGUACUGUCCGCCUGCAGUCAUACAGGCUUGGUUGAAAUGGGAAUGGAAUAUUUUGAUUCUAUGAAGGGAGACUAUGGGAUAGACGCAAACUCAAAGCACUACACUUGCAUGAUUGACCUCUUGGGUCGAGCUGGGCGCCUGAAUGAUGCACAAGGCUUAAUCAAGAGCAUGCCCUUUGAACCAGAUGCUGCCACUUGGGGUGCUAUCCUUGGGGCAAGCAGGAUGCACGGAAACACAGAAUUAGGAGAAAAAGCUGCUGAAAAAGUUAUUGCAUUGGAGCCAUGGAAUGCCGGGAUGUAUGUUCUUUUAUCAAACAUGUAUGCAGCUUCUGGUAGAUGGUCUGAUGUCAGUAAGGUGAGAUUAAAACUGAGGGAUACUGGUACCAAGAAAGUUCCCGGGUAUAGUUGGGUUGAGUUACAAAACAAGAUUCACAUUUUUUCAGUUGGAGACUCCACACAUCCAGACAGUGAAAGAAUGUAUGCUUUCUUGGAAGAUUUAGAACUACGAAUGAAGCGUGAAGGCUAUGCGGUUGCAACAAAAAUAGUCUUGCAUGAUGUGGAUGAGGAGGAGAAGGCACAUAUGUUGAAGUAUCAUAGUGAAAAAUUAGCUGUUGCAUUCGCAAUUCUGAAUGUGCCCCCUGGGAGACCAAUACGUGUGAUAAAGAAUUUAAGAGUUUGUGCAGACUGUCACACUGCAAUCAAACUUAUUUCAAAACUUGAAGAAAGAUCAAUAGUUCUACGGGAUAACAACAGGUUCCACCACUUCAAUGAUGGUUUAUGCAGCUGUGGCGAUUAUUGGUAAGGCCAAUGAACUAUGGGUGCAACUUAUAUGGAUCAAGACAUGGUGAUACAUAUGAGUAUAGUCCUCAUGUUAGCAACAAUGUUAUGCUUAGUGGAAAACAGGAUCGAUGGGAAUGAUAGCAACGGAGGGGUAAUGUCUCAAGAGAAAUCUAUGCGUUGGUUCAUUGGAAGUGCCUUUUAAGUUCUACUUUAGCUGUCGAUAGAGAUCAGGUUGUGCCAGAUGGGGUUUAAACAAUGCAUCAUAGAAUACAGUUUCUGAUAUACAUAUGUAGUGAGGAAAAUCCUCCAAUGACCCAUUGUGCACAGCUUGUGAGGUGGCUAUAGUUUUGAUGCAGAACGAGCUAAAGGAAAUGGUGGUGAAGGAGAAAGUGUUUGAAUAUGUUAAUCAGGAGAGUUCACACAGCUGACCUGCCUGCUAGUUUAAUCUUGAGUCAGAUUAUUUAGAGGUAUUGAAUUCUAGAUGUAUUUAGAGGUGAGUUUUCUGAUGGCUUCUCUAAAUGUUUUGAAAAAUCGUCUACUUCUAUAAUCAUGACUUUAUGGUGAGCAUGUAGAAGCUUUAGUUAUCAUUUUCAAUGCGAAUCUGAAUUUAUACUAUCUGGCACUAUAUAUUCAAUCUUUAACUUCUCUGCAAAAGAAUGAUCCUCUUAUGAUCUCAUUAGUGAACCAAUGUUAUGCUUAUCCAUGGACUGCACAACGCGUCUCGUACUCCCUGCGAUGUCUAUUUCUUCUAUCAUGUUGUCAGGUUUGAUUAGUUCUUUUUAAACAAUACAUAAGCAGAAAUCGUAAUUCAUAUCUCGAAAUGCCUAGUGACCUAUUAGCAGUAUCCACUAGCUCUUCUGUGAUUUUCUUGCUUCCGGCAACCUCACCAGAAUACGUUUUGCCACCAAAUACCAUGUAAGAGAUGAACUCCAGGCGUGAGCCAGCUAGAUUUACCGUCCUAAAUGAAGGCCUCUUUAGGUUUUUCUUUACAGCAUAUUUAUAUAAUAUCAACUUGCAAAACCUAGGUUUUUACGGUUAACUUGUAAAAGCAAAUCAAACUACUUGUCUUCGCAAGAAAGAUUAAGAAAACUUAAUAUUAUUUUGUUAGCUGCGCUGUUUAUGGCUUAUAGCUGAAUGUUAUAUACAUAUACCUUGUAAAUGAGUGAAUUAUUUGCAUUAAUGAUUCGUUUACAUGUGCUUUAUAGGGAAAGUCUUGCAGCUUCCGGGUCAACUUAUUUUUGGUUGAGAAGGUACACUUGGAUUUAUAUGUUCUCCAAUAGUCCCAUAAACCAAAAGCAUUGAUUUGGAACUUGUCACGUGGGAGGCCUUCAUUAACAUAGAAGGCUUUGAGUAUACUCGUGUACUGAAGAAACAAGGAGACAAAUUUAUUGAAUUUCAUGAAAAUUUAAUUCUUAUAUAUUCUCAUGAAAUUUACCGUGUAAGAGAUGAAGUCCAGGCGUGAGCCAGCUAAGAUUUACCAUCCUAAAUGAAGGCCUCUUUAGGUUUUUCUUUACAGCAUACUUAUAUAAUAUCAACUCGCAAAACCUAGGUUUUUAUGGUUAACUUGUAAAAGAUGUAAUAACUUGAAAUACCUUUAUGUAAUUCUAUUCUACUUCACCACAGGCAUGGAAUUUAUUGAAUUUUCAAGAAGUACAAUUAUUUGUUCUCCCUUAGUGACUAC